GUUCCUUGAAUCAUAUACGCUAGUACACUCUACGGUACACAAUGGCUAAGGCUCGCGUUUUCAACAUGGUCAAGCGUUUUAGCGGUUACCCGACCGAAGAAGACUUCCAGCUGGUCGAGCAGGAGCUGAAACCUUUGCAAGACGGAGAGGUCCUUGGAAAGACUCUGUACUUGAGCGUUGAUCCCUACAUGAGGAUUUUUGUUGUGGACCUUCCGUUGGGGUCACCGAUGAUUGGUGAAGCUGUAGCAAGAAUCGUAGAGUCAAAGAACCCAGCAUUCAAAAAGGGUGAUAUUGUUUAUGGUGCAAUUGGAUGGAAAACAGCAUUUGUAUCAGAUGGAAAGGAUCUAACCAAGGCAACUCACCUUCCAGCAGGUGUUCCUGAGUCACUUGCACUUGGAACACUCGGGAUGCCCGGUCGUACAGCAUACUUUGGGUUGCUUGAUAUAUGCAAGCCACUCAAGUCUGGCGAUGUCGUUUUGGUCAACGGAGCAGCUGGAGCUGUUGGAAAUGUUGUCGGUCAGAUUGCAAAGAUCAAGGGCUGUGUAGCAAUUGGAUACGCAGGCAGCGACGAGAAAGUCGAAUAUCUGAAAUCGAUUGGAUUUGAUCAUGCAUUCAACUACAAGAAGGUUGACCUUCACGAGAGUUUGAGUAAAGCAGCACCCGAUGGGAUUAAUGCUUUUUACGAUAAUGUUGGUGGUGAUUUUGCUGAUACUGUUAUUCUAUAUCACAUGAAACAGUUCGGCCGAGUUGCAAGUUGUGGCAGUAUUUCUCAGUACAACUUGAAACCUGGAACUGGAGAUAAAGAUUUGUCUGUUCCAAAAGGAGCACGUCUCCAAGGAGUCAUCGUGAAGCAACAGCUAAAAAUUGAAGGAUUCAUCAUUUAUCGUUUCACUGACCGCUACGACGAAGCCAACAGCGCACUUGCCCAGUGGGUGAAGGAGGGAAAGUUGAAGUGGAGAGAGCACGUGACUGACGGAUUUGAGAACAUGCCGAAGGCGUUCAUUGCAAUGCUCAAAGGUGCAAACAUUGGAAAAGCCAUCGUGAAGAACACAGAGUAGUAGCUUUGAUGAUCAGAGACUACUUGUCACUACUUGUCAAUGUGUUGCCAAUUUGACAUGCAUGAUGCUACUUUUCAUUUAAAUUUUGUGUUGUUGUUAUGGUCUA